AUGGCAGCUGACAUUUGUGCAGACCAUCCAAGUGCUUUUUGGGACAGGAAAAAGCAUAUUGUUACUCUGCCAUAUAAAGAUAAUUUUUCUGAAAAUGAUAUUCCCACUAAAUCUCGCCACUGCCAAAUGAAUAUUGAAUUAGUGGAUUUUUGUAAAAAAGAAAUUGAUAAUUUAUUACAGAAAGGAUUGAUAAAGCCUUCAAAAUCUCCUUGGUCUUGUACUUCUUUUUAUGUAAAUAAAGCUGCAGAACAAGAAAGAGGUGUUCCCAGCAUGGGAGGAAAUGACCCUCCUCCUUGGUCACAAGCAUGUGGCAGAGGGGGUAAAAAUUGA